GGCAACAACACAAAUUUAUUCAACAAAAACAUGGACAUAUUCUGGCAAAUGUUACACAAAGUCAGGUGUCUGCCCGAAAUUCAGAUCAUAGAACACUUUCUACCAUAAUGCGGAUAAUAUGGAAAAUGGAACAAUCCCAAGCCUGCAUACCUGGCGCCAUAGAGGAAGUUACACUAGCCUACAACAUUGAGGCAGAAGAAAUAGCUAAUGGAAUUAAGAGUAACAGACCAGAUAAGAUAAAAGGUGUAAUGAGUGGAAAUACACUAAAUCGACCAGCUCAAGCAUCACAAUCAUUAUAUCCCUUAU